GCAGCCGAUAUUGCUGCAGCACAACCAAUCCAGCCUCAACUGUCAGAUUUGUUGAGUGCGGCACUUCAUGAUACCUUCUCCCUCAUACAACACACCUCAGAACACCACUCGCGAGAUCACACACCACGGGAAGCAAGCAGGCUAUUGCCGCUCAUUUCCUGCUACCGAUCACAUUAAAAUCCUUGUCUCUAUCUCUCGACACCAAGCACACACCACAAUCACCAUGGCAGAAAUCGCGGCAGGCGCUGUCGUAGCUGAGCAGGUCGUUUCCACUGGCAUUGAGGCUGGAGCUGCCGUCGCCGUGGCACGCCCAACCCAGCCUCUGAAGGUGUCACUGUCCCAGGUCGCCACCACCCAGUCCCCCGCUUUCGACACGUCCGCUCUUGCACGUUCUCACCACUCAGUCACUGUCGUCAACCACAAGGCAUGCAUCUUCGGCGGCGAGACAGCAGAGGGCGAGCUAGCUUCUACUGACUUUCAUGUCCUCUCCUUGCCGGCCAUGACCAAGGGUGAGCCAGUUGCAGCCUAUGCUUGCUAUCCGGCAUUCGCAAUGCAGGAUGCAGAGACCGGCAAGACCUACGUCCCUUCCCCGCGUUCAAGACAUGCGGCGGCAGCCCGCGGCCAGUUCGUGAUCGUCAAUGGCGGUGCUGAUGCUAGCGGAAAGCCCAUCGACGAGACUUGUCUCUGGCUAUGGGACUCUGAGAGUUUGAAGUGGACCAAGAUCCAAGGAGCAAGCCAGAUUGGCAAGACCAUCACGCCGAGAUUCGACCACCACAUCUUUGUCGAGCAGACCCAGGACUUCCUGGUUCUCCACGGAGGACGGACUGCACCAGGACAGGAGGCAUCUACCGAGACUUGGAUGUACAACUUUGAUACUCUCGCCUGGACAGCACUACCGCCUUCUCCUCAGCCUCCUCUCGCGGCCGCAUUCGUGGAUAACGUUCUUUAUACCAUUGGGGCUGACUCUAACAUGAGCGGUGCUAUCCACUACAUGGACCUCAAGUCAAACGCCGAGGACCGCGAGAAGCCCGACGCUCUUCAGUGGAAGACUGUCAACUUCCCUACUAACCCACUCACCCCGGGUCCCCGCCCCCGCGAAGGCGGCGCGCUAGUGCCAGUAGACACUGGUGUUGGCCGACACUACCUCGUCUAUAUGUUUGGCGAGAACAGCACUUCAGCCGAUAAGGACUUCUACACUGACAUUUGGGCUCUUCAGCUACCCACUCACGGCUUCAACGCGGCUGCUGUGAAGGAUGCGAUUCGUGACAAGCUGCCCCGUGUUAGUUCUGGCGAGUUCAGCUGGGCAGAGGUGGAGCUCAUUCCGACAGAGGAAGUCAAGACGGAGGGAAAGGCGCACCCCGGACCACGGGGAUACUUUGGCGCAGACGCAGCGGAUGGAAAGAGUGUCGUCUUCUGGGGCGGCGUCAGUGCGCUGGGCAAGGAGGGCGAUGGAUGGCUGCUUCAGGUCCAGUGAGCAGUGCCUGGUUGAUAAAUGUGUGGAGGACAUAGGAAACAAGAUUCCCCAAAAGUGUAUUACUGCCUUAGUCAAGGACGACCAAAAGAAACAAAACACCUUCAUGUUAGGCAGGAUCCUAUAUACGUGACCCCCUUUGAUAACGAGGGACACGCCUGUAAGGAAUCUGGUCAGCAAGUCAACGGAAGUCUCAUUCUUGAGUGGCUUUGCCAGUUUGUCUCAAGACUGCAACAAACUUAGCCGGGAAGGGGGCGUUCUGGACAGGGGCAUAUUCUACUGCUUCAUGGGGAGUUGUGACCCAAAGGUGCCAGUUUGCUGGUUGAGUAGCCUUUCGUGUCGCCAGUUGUCCCGUAUGCCAAAGUGCCCCUUCUACUCUCUUUGAUCGCUAGUGAUGGGUUUCCUCUGGUCUUUGAGAUCUUUGUUGGAAUCGCUGCUCUAUCCAAGAAAAGCCGCUCUGCAAGCAUAACAGGCUAAGAUAGAAGAGGUAGGGGCGCACUUGCCGUCAAGUCACCAUGAAUAUCGCAAUGUGUACACGAAGUGGUAUCUACCCGGGGGGCUACUGCCCAAUUUAGCAAUAUCUGGCAAGUAGGAAGGACGGCCUCUGUCGUGCGCACCUCCCCUCCCCCAUGGCACGGCAAAGCCUGAGUUACGAACCUUUCUGCCCCUUUCUUUAAUCUUCGACGCUUGACUUCGCACCUUUCAUCUACAUCAACUCCAUACAUCUGUCUCAAAUCAACAAAAUACAAGCAUUGCAGUACAACAAGAUCGCUACAAAAGACGGGCUCCGCUCCGUCAUGAUGGGUGUCAUCUUCAGCCGCCAGCCGCGCAAUCGCCAACCGCGCAAGAUCACGACAGAAAACGCCACCAAAAAUGUUGAUUGCAAUAUCCUGUUCAUUUACAUCUCCAAUCCAGGAGAGACGAUUCUUUCGAAGAUAGAAUGGGAGGCUGCACUCUACAUCAAAGCCAAAGAUCUCAAGCAAGUCCUGCAAAAAGGCCUCAUCAUCUCGGAAGACAACGUUCAGCCCUAAUCCGGCUGUAUCACGUUCAAACAGUGUCCCGG